AUGGAGCCGCAGGUCACCGAUCUGCUUCAGUCCUUCCACCCCAGCGGUCGGUAUUGGGCUGAAGUGUCUGACACUGUUAUAUCGGGAACCUUUCAGCAGUGGAAAGAAGGGACGACUAAAAGUGAAAUAUUUUAUCCAGGCGACACUAUCGUCCAUUCCAUGGGCGAGGCCACGUCCGUUCGCUGGAGCUCAGGAACCUGGAUGGUGGAGUACGGACGUGGGUUUAUUCCGUCCAUGUUGGGGUUUGCACUGUCCGACACAAUCUUCAGCACGCAAGAUUUCCUCACCCUCUACUACACCCUGGUGGUCUACACAAAGGCACUGAUGUUGGAGGCUGGCACGUACCUCACAGGCACGGGGAUCGUUUGAAGCUGAGCGGGGAGAUCCUCUUUGUCAUUUUGAUAAUUUUUAUUGUUUGGUAUUUGACAAUUUACCUGAGGUUGGGGGAAAUGGGCAGAGGGGGGGUGGGGUGGGGGCUGGAAGUCUUUUUUUUGGUUUGUUGGGUUUUGCUCAGUGCUCAGUUGAGGGAAGCUCUUUCUGUUUUUUGUUUCGUUAAAAGUCAGAACAAAAAUGCAGCUCCUGAAACCACUUUUGAACUGAGCGUGAGCUCGUGUGGUGAAGGACAAGAUAGGAAAUGCUUGAUAAGUCUUUGACCUACAGAAUGUCAAUUGUGGCUUAGUCCCAAAGCAUUCAAACUGCAAAGCCACGGGCUUCAAACCAGAGUUGUUUUAUUUUUAAGCUGUUCAGGAACCUAUGCAUUUUCGUGCCUUUAUUUUGUCGUCAUACCCUGUUUCCAUCUAACCUGAUCACUGAGGAUCUUCCCAAAUGCAUCGAACCUAGGUGGAUGAUGCAGUGCUAAGUUUUCGCUGUAUUGUCAGAGAUGCCGUCCUUCAGAUGAGCUGUUAAACCGAGGU